AUGCGGGUCACACUUGCUACUAUGACCUGGCUGAUUUCUUUUGUCUAUAGUUAUUCAUAUAAGGUAAAUACCUUGCCAGAUAUUGAAAAUGAAGAUUUCAUCAAAGAGUGUGUUCGAAUACAUAACAAGUUUCGAUCAGAGGUGACUCCAACAGCCAGGAACAUGCUAUACAUGACUUGGGAUCCAGCACUAGCCAAAAUUGCAAAAGCGUGGGCAAAAUCUUGUCAGUUUAGACAUAACCCACAGCUGAAAUCAAACAAGAUGCACCCAAACUUCACUUCACUGGGAGAAAAUAUCUGGACUGGGUCUCUAUCCUUAUUUUCGGAGUCUUCAGCCAUCUCAAACUGGUAUAAUGAAAUUAAAGACUAUGACUUCAACACCCGAAGAUGCACAAAAGUCUGUGGUCAUUACACUCAGGUUGUCUGGGCAGACAGUUACAAGGUUGGCUGUGCAGUACAGUUUUGUCCUAGAGUUUCUGGCUUUGAAACUCUUUCCAAUGGAGCACAUUUUAUAUGCAACUAUGGACCAGCAGGAAAUUACCCAACUUGGCCAUACCAGAAGGGAUACACCUGCAGUGCUUGUCCUCCAGAUGACAAAUGUUUACAAAAUCUCUGUGUUAAUCCAAAGAGAGACAAGGUCACACGUUACUACUCUCUUGUGGAUCCAGCCUGGCCCAUAUUUUUACGAAACAGAUACACAUCUCUCUUUCUUAUUGCUAAUUCAAUAAUUCUAAUAAUGUCUGUUAUAAUUACCAUUUGGAUAAAGAAAAAAUACCCUAAUUUAAGUCUUUUAGACUAAUGCAGUCUGGGGGGGAGGGAGAGAUUUAUUCAUAUGGCUUUUUAAAAAAAGUAACAAUUGGGUGUAUUUCUAAUUUCCACAUUAAAACAUUAUUUUUAAAAAAUACACUGCUGCAGUAAAGACUUGCUCAAAAUAAAAAUGGCUCAACUUCCUAA